CAUCUGUUGCUUUGCAUGCAUACUCUCUCUCCUCUCUCUCAUUUUUCUCUCUCUACAGAGUCUCCUCAUCCCUUAAAUUUCAUACAUGCCCAUGUUUUCUCUCUCUAAAACCCAGAUUUGACCAGAUAGAUAGCAAGCACUGCAAAGUUGGGUUCUUUUUUUGUUCGUGUGAAUGAUCCAUUCCUAGACUUUCUUUUGGGUUGGAAAUUUUGGAAUUUUGAUUCAUGGGUUCCGACAUUGGGUUCGUCAAUGCUUCGUGCGCCCACGAAUGGAAGAAGGGGUGGCCUCUGCGAUCUGGUGGAUUCGCCCAACUAUGCUGCAAGUGCGGAUUUAUGGAGGAAGGGAAGCGUGACAUCCUUGAUCCAUUAUCUGCCUAUGAGAAUUCAGUUUUUUGUAAUAAAUUCCACCGUCGAGAACCUGGUUGGAGGGAGUGUAACUUUUGCAACAAGCCUAUCCACUGUGGAUGCAUAGUAUCUAGAUCUUUGUUCGAGUACCUUGACUUUGGUGGUAUAGGUUGUGUUAGUUGUCUCAAUACUUCGAAACCUAGUAUGAUGAGGAAUGCUGAAAAUCGUAACAGGUCUGUUUUAUCGACAAAGAAUAAUGCAAGUGAUCGACAGUCUGCUCAUUUUGAUGGAAGACUUUUUGCUGGUGGUGUUGAUGAAGGAAAACUUAUGCAGUUGUGCAGAAUUGUUGAAGCUAGUGAAUCCAGCUGUUGGAAUCAUGCUCAAAGAGAUGGCAAAAUUACAUCUAGUGGGCAAAACAGCCGAGAAGCGAAGUGUUCAUUCAGGGAAGUCGAUACUGGUUUUUCAAAUGUGAUGAAACCAUCUGUUCAGUCUUUAACAUUUUCUACAUUAGAAAAUAAUAGAUCAACAUGGGAGAUAAAAAACAUACAGGAAUCAACUGCACAGCCAUCUUUGAGUAUGUAUCUAGGAAACCCAUCAGGGAACAGCUCUGUCCCGGCUUCUGCUGGAGAGAUUGUAGAAGGUAGACUUGAGGGCAAAGCAUCUCCUCCCUUUCUUCAAGGGCAAAGAUCUCGCCCUCUAUUGCCUAAACCGUUGAAGGUUGGGAUUACAAUGAAUGCGGAAACAGAUAAAGGCUCAGUUUCUCAAGCACGUAUUGCCCGGCCACCAGCUGAUGGGAGGGGCAAGAAUCAGUUACUUCCUCGAUACUGGCCCAGGAUUACUGAUCAAGAGCUGGAGCGAUUGUCUGGGGAUUUGAAGUCCACUGUAGUGCCAUUGUUUGAGAAGGUGUUGAGUGCUAGUGAUGCAGGUCGAAUUGGUCGUCUGGUUCUCCCAAAAGCAUGUGCUGAGGCCUAUUUUCCUCAAAUUUCACAAUCUGAAGGUCUUCCUUUGCGGGUCCAAGAUGUGAAGGGGAAUGAGUGGACAUUUCAGUUCAGAUUUUGGCCUAAUAACAACAGUAGGAUGUAUGUAUUGGAGGGUGUGACCCCUUGCAUACAGUCCAUGCAAUUAUGUGCUGGUGAUACCGUAACAUUUAGUCGGAUAGAUCCUGGGGGCAAACUUGUUAUGGGUUUCAGAAAGGCAUCAAAUUCUAUCGAUACACAGGAUGCCUCUACAUCUGCACAUUCUAAUGGCAUUUCAGUAAAGGGAACCACCUUUUCUGGUGGAACUGACAAUCUGCCAUUGGGAAGUAAUUAUGCUGAUUUUCUCCAUUCGAUGAAAGGGAAUUUGGAACCUAUGUUAAAUGGACAUGCAGAACAUCUGCAGUUGGGUACUGGAGCUGCUGGUUUGCUUAAAAUUGAAAAUUGUGAGAUGACAAACAAUCAUUCACUGCAGCAACAGAUUUCAAUUUUAGAGAAAAAAAGGACUCGCAAUAUUGGGCCAAAAAGUAAGAGAUUGCUCAUUGAUAACGAAGAUGCUAUGGAGUUGAGACUUACAUGGGAAGAAGCACAGGACUUGCUUCGUCCGCCUCCUUAUGUCAAGCCAAGCAUUGUCACAAUUGAGGACCAAGAAUUUGAAGAAUACGAUGAACCCCCAGUUUUUGGAAAGAGAACUAUAUUCAGAGCCUGUUCAUCUGGGGGGAAAGAACAAUGGGCUCAAUGUGAUGAUUGCUCCAAAUGGCGAAAGCUGCCAGUUGAUGCUCUUCUUCCUCCCAAGUGGACAUGUUCUGAAAAUGUUUGGGAUACAAGCAGGUCUUCGUGUUCUGUACCAGAGGAACUGAGCUCAAGGGAAUUUGAUAAUCUUCUGAAAACAAGUAAAGAUUUUAAGAAGCCGCGACGAAUUGUAGAAAACGGCAAGUUGUCAAUCCAAGAACACGAGCCUUCUGGCUUAGAUGCUCUUGCCAGUGCAGCAGUUUUAGGAGAAAAUCUUAUUGAUCAUUCUGAGUCAUCAGCUGGGGCCACAACCAAACAUCCUAGACACCGUCCUGGUUGUUCUUGCAUUGUGUGCAUUCAGCCCCCAAGUGGAAAGGGUAGACAUAAGCCAACAUGUACUUGCAAUGUGUGCAUGACUGUGAAGCGCAGGUUCAAAACCCUUAUGCUGAGAAAGAAGAAACGCCAAUCAGAACGUGAAGCAGAUGCUGCUGCUCAAAAAGAUGAUAUUCACCAAAGAGAUGAGACAGUUACCAAUGAUGCUUCAAGAGAUGAUGAUACAAGUCAUUUAGAGAAAGAGGGUGGACUAAACAGAGAUCAACAAGAAUUGGGUGAAUCCAGUGCUGGACAGAUAGACCUGAAUUGUGAUCCCAAUCGUGAAGACAUGCAUGUUGAUAUCACAGGACUUUGCAUGUCUAGUCAUCAUCUUGAAACAACAAACCUUCCUGUAAGAGAAUAUAUGAAUCAAAAUGGCCUAAGAAGCUUUGAUAGCGAACUGCAUUCUGGUCAGCAUUCUUCCUUGCACACUCAAUCUAAUGGAGAAGGUCAGAAGUAUUUCUCUGAUGAAAGAUCCUUUGCAUCCAUUGUCUGGAACCAGGAAAGAAGAGAUGAGGUAUACAAUCAUCCCAAUCAGAGUCAAAACAACCUUUCUUAAACAAUUUAUUUAUUUUUAUAUUUCUCCUUCUUGCACUCAUAUUAUACAGUAUAUAUAUAUAUAUAUAUAUUGCUUUCUUUUUCAAAAGGGGUGGCCAAAGAUAGGUUUU